GUUCAUUUUGUCAGACUCGCUGACUGAAGAGGACUCUCGUGUGCUUGAGUUUGUACUAUUGACAAACAGAAAUUCAUCAUGGGCUUGGGUUUGUAAUAUUGACAAACUCGCAUUUUAUAUUCGUGUUUCAUUUGGACCAGAUUACACCGAUGAUCCCGAAUCAGAGACAAAACCUUGUUAGUAUCUUGCGAGUUUGCACAAGGAAGGGGCUUUCUGAUCAAGGAGGUCAAGUUCAUUGUUAUCUUCUCAAGUCUGGAUCAGGGUUGAAUUUGAUUACGAGCAACUAUCUUAUCGAUAUGUAUUGUAAAUGCAGAGAACCGUUGAUGGCUUACAAGGUGUUCGACAGUAUGCCUGAGAGAAAUGUUGUUUCAUGGUCGGCUCUAAUGAGUGGACAUGUACUUAAUGGUGACCUUAAGGGAUCAUUGUCUCUUUUCAGUGAAAUGGGGCGUCAGGGUAUUUACCCAAACGAGUUCACUUUCUCGACGAAUCUAAAAGCUUGUGGUUUGCUUAACGCGCUUGAAAAGGGGUUGCAGAUUCAUGGGUUUUGUUUGAAGAUUGGUUUUGAAAUGAUGGUUGAAGUGGGCAAUUCUUUGGUUGACAUGUAUUCAAAAUGUGGGAGAAUCAAUGAAGCUGAGAAAGUGUUUCGUCGGAUUGUGGAUAGGAGUUUGAUAAGCUGGAAUGCGAUGAUUGCUGGAUUUGUACAUGCGGGUUAUGGUAGUAAAGCUUUGGAUACGUUUGGGAUGAUGCAAGAGGCAAAUAUAAAGGAAAGGCCAGACGAGUUCACUUUGACUAGCUUGUUGAAGGCUUGCAGUAGUACUGGUAUGAUUUAUGCAGGAAAACAGAUACAUGGUUUUCUAGUUAGGAGUGGGUUCCAUUGUCCAAGUUCCGCAACCAUCACCGGUUCUCUUGUUGAUUUGUAUGUCAAGUGUGGAUAUCUCUUUAGUGCUCGGAAAGCUUUUGAUCAAAUUAAGGAAAAGACAAUGAUCUCAUGGAGUUCAUUGAUUCUUGGAUAUGCACAAGAGGGUGAAUUCGUGGAGGCGAUGGGUUUGUUUAAGCGACUACAGGAGCUAAACUCUCAGAUUGACAGUUUUGCUCUUUCUAGCAUCAUUGGAGUCUUUGCUGAUUUUGCCCUCUUGCGGCAAGGGAAGCAAAUGCAAGCACUUGCUGUUAAACUUCCGUCUGGGUUAGAAACAUCUGUUUUGAAUUCAGUGGUGGACAUGUAUCUCAAGUGUGGAUUAGUUGAUGAGGCUGAGAAAUGCUUUGCCGAAAUGCAGUUGAAAGAUGUGAUCUCCUGGACUGUAGUGAUCACUGGUUAUGGGAAGCACGGGCUUGGCAAAAAAUCUGUUAGAAUUUUUUACGAAAUGUUGAGACAUAACAUUGAGCCUGAUGAGGUAUGCUAUUUAGCUGUACUCUCAGCUUGUAGCCAUUCUGGUAUGAUCAAAGAAGGUGAAGAACUUUUUUCGAAGUUACUAGAGACACAUGGAAUCAAACCUAGGGUAGAACACUAUGCAUGUGUAGUUGAUCUAUUAGGAAGAGCUGGUCGUUUGAAGGAAGCUAAACAUCUGAUUGAUACAAUGCCGAUAAAACCAAAUGUCGGAAUAUGGCAAACACUUCUUAGCCUCUGUCGAGUACAUGGGGACAUCGAAUUAGGGAAAGAAGUGGGUAAGAUUCUUUUAAGGAUCGAUGCAAAGAAUCCUGCAAAUUACGUGAUGAUGUCCAACCUUUAUGGGCAAGCCGGUUAUUGGAACGAACAAGGGAACGCACGAGAGCUUGGGAAUAUAAAAGGGUUGAAGAAAGAAGCUGGUAUGAGCUGGGUCGAGAUUGAGAGAGAGGUACAUUUUUUCCGUAGUGGAGAGGAUUCACAUCCUCUGACACCUGUGAUCCAAGAAACUUUGAAAGAAGCUGAAAGAAGACUGAGAGAAGAAUUGGGAUAUGUUUACGGCCUGAAACAUGAGCUGCAUGAUAUAGACGAUGAGUCAAAGGAGGAGAACCUUAGAGCUCACAGCGAAAAGCUAGCGAUUGGUCUGGCAUUGGCAACAGGCGGGUUAAACCAGAAAGGAAAGACAAUAAGAGUGUUCAAGAACUUGAGAGUAUGCGUAGAUUGUCAUGAGUUCAUCAAGGGGUUGUCUAAAAUCACGAAGAUAGCGUACGUUGUGAGAGAUGCUGUUCGGUUUCACAGUUUUGAAGAUGGUUGUUGUUCCUGUGGAGAUUACUGGUGAUCAUCAAGCUUGAUUACUUCGUCCCCGUACCGGUGCUUCCUAGACUGUGACCCUCCCAUGUGUUAGGGAAGAACAGCUCGUGGUGCUAUAUCAGCAGGGUGAGGAUUCAAUUGAUAUAUUGGAGAUUUAGGUUUCGACCAAGAUUGAGCCCAAUGCUGUGUCCUGGAGCAAGUUUUUGAAAGUGGAUAUGAGACCACUACUCACUGGUUUUGUUGCUGUUCGAUUUGACCACAACUCUAUCCUCUGGGAGCUUCUUCUUUGAUGAGCAAGAGAAAGUUGCUGUGGUUUUAGAUGUAGACGAACAUCUACACACCGAGACCGCUCGGUACCGCACAACUUUUAUCAUUGGAGAUGACGGCUACUUUAAAUCUGUGAGCCUCGGAGAAGCUCUGAAUGUCUAUGUGGGGGAAACUGGGAAUUUCGGAUAUACUCUGCGAAUAUAUUGUCCCCCACUUGUGUGCUCUUCCUGUUAUCUCCUGCAAAUCAACCAACCACGCAAAAGGAAAGAAAGAGAUGAUUUCGAUUUGCUUCUUGCUAAUCUAACUGCUUGUCAGUAGUCACUCAUGAUCUUCGUUACGGUUCUAUCUAUAAUAGCUAAUAACUUAGGAUGUCGUCUAUUUCAUGUUUCUUGGUCAAUUGUGUUUCUUGCGUUGUCUGACUGCUAGCGAUUGUUCAAUUUGCUGUUGAUUUCGGCUUUUUUCAAGUUUCUAAGCCCGUUCUUAACUUAUCUUAAGAUUUCUCAUGAUGAUGC